CGCCUCGGCUCGGCUCGGCCCUGCCCUUCCCGGCGCCGCCUGGCUGAGCCCCGGGACGCUGUCCGCGGUGCGGGUAUUAGACCGAAAAGAAAUGAAUGUCAGAGAGGAUUUAUUUAGUCAUUUAACAGCUGACACAAGCCAUGUCCCUAACAAAACAGUGAUGAAAGAGUAGAAGAUUUCUGGGAUACAGCAGCUCCAGUACCGUGAAGCCACUUCUGCAGGUCAGGGACAUCAUCUGCUGAAGGAUGCGGUAGCCCAGGAGUCAGGGCUUGCCGGGACAAGGUUGAUGGCUUGCAUGGAGCUUCUUUACUUGGCAGAGGAGAGCAGGCAGGUGCCCCUGGGCACCGCUACGGACUGGAGGCUGCCCUCCCCUCCCUGUGAGCAGCAGCAGCAGCACAAGGGGGGCGAAGUGGACGCCAGAGCAGCCACUACAGUGGCAGCCGUGCACCAUGAAAGGCAUUGUAAGCCCCUGCAGAGGGGCCCUGUGGCUGAGCCCCCCUUGGCACCCCAGCUGUCUCCCCCAGGCACCUCACCCUGGGAGCACCCGGCACCCUCCGGCACCUCCCAGCCCUGCCACCCGCCUGAGCACCUGACCAGGAAUGAGGAUGGAGGGAAGAAGAAAGCCUGCUGCUGUGCCCAGGAACUCGAGACGUCAUUCACCUACGUGGAUGAAAACGUAAACCUGGAGCAUGCAAGUGCCCCCAGUCCUUCAGGCAGCCACUGCCAGGAUGCCCCUCUGCAGCAGCAUUCCUGCAGGGAGCUGCCACCCGAGUGGGCGCAUGAUUCUCCUUCCCUGGUCUCUGAGGAGGAGGACGCUGCCUCAGAGGUGGCAGCUGGAAAGUCUGUGGACUAUGGGUUCAUCAGUGCCAUUUUGUUCCUGGUUAGUGGCAUUUUGCUGGUGAUCAUUUCCUAUGUGGUACCCAGAGACGUGACUGUGGAUCCCAACACGGUGGCUGCCCGGGAGAUGGAGAGGCUGGAGAACGAGAGUGCUAGGAUCGGGGCUCACUUGGACCGCUGUGUUAUUGCUGGGCUGUGUCUUUUAACCCUGGGGGGUGUGGUGCUGUCCAGCCUGCUGAUGAUGUCCAUGUGGAAAGGGGAGAUGUACCGGAGGAGCAGGUUUGCGUCCUCCAAGGAGUCUGCGAAGCUAUAUGGGUCUUUCAAUUUCAGAAUGAAGUCUGGUGCAAAUGAUAACAUGCUCGAGCUGUCAUUAGUUGAGGAAGAUGUGCUUGCCAUAGAUAAUUAGUGUGGUCAUGAUUUUUAAGCCAGCAUUUCUACAGGAAAAUAUGUUUCAUUAAAGAAAACAGAUGCGGCUAAAGAUAGCUGGUGAUGCAGUUUAUUUGUCUGACAAAAAUGUUUUUUUUUUAAGCUCUAUAAUGAAUGUUUGAAGCAUAUGAGCACUUGUAAAGGGAAAAUGUGCCAGAGAAAUUGCAACUGAUAGAAAAUAAUGAAAACCACUGAAUAAAAAGAGAUUUGUGAUAA